AUGAAAUUGGCAGUGUUUCGUGCAUUAGCUAGCAAGGCAAAUCGACUAUCUGAAUCAUCAGCAUCAGCAAUCCCGCUUUUGCAACGAAUACAAGACUGUGCAAGCGAGUCGUCAUGCUUUCAAGGCGUUGAGCUGUCCUCUUCUCAAAUCAGCAAGACUGUAAUUGACCAAUGCUCAUCACUCAACGUUCAAGUCUUGUGCAAACUGACACCGAACGAUACGGACGAUGCCUUUCGUCAAUUGGAUGACCUGUCUUUGAAACUAUCCAAAGUUGAAGAGAAAAUUGUGGGUGAUGUCGUUCGUCUGGUUGUCGUGGAAGAGCCAUUGGUUGAUGUCGUAUCCACAACCACACUCGAUUACCUUUCGGACGUCCUGCCGGUCGCGGCUCAGUUUAUGGAGACACACCCGACCAUUGGAAAGCUCAAGGGAGAGCGAAAUGCGCAUGGGAAUCCAUUGGAUAACCACGUACUUGGAGUGUGCCACCGCCUUCAUCAAAGAUCCGUCUCCCAAAACGAAUUGCUAUGUUCCAAUGGAAGUGAAACCUUGCAACACAUCAUGGAUAUCCUCGAUGUUUUUCCGCCAACUCGACUUUCAUUGGAUACAUAUAUUUCUUCUAUUCUGGAGACUGCCGUACAUGGCAAAAAAGAGGAAAUGAACGCCUGGGAUUUGGAACCACUGAUUCAAGGCAUUGAUCAUUUUGAAUGCGAAGGGUGGAUGAACCCAAGAGACAAUGAUCGUCAGGAUAGCUUCCACGAGCAAGUUUGGAAUUGGCAAAAAGAGGUAAAAGUAAACGAGACUUACGCGUCUUGCAGUGCUGCAGCUACUGCAGAGUUGUUGCGCGAUUACUUCCAUUCGUCGAUAGGGUGA